AUGAGGAACCUACUCCUGACCAAUCAAAAAUUAUCACAAGUGCUGGCCAGAAAGGGGGUAAAUGUUUUCAGCGUGGUAAAGAAUUCCCAAAAAGCUCAGGUCUUUCUACACACAGAAGGACUCGCACAGGGAGGAAGCCAUACUCUUGUUCAGAAUGUGAGAAGUCACACAGGGGAGAAACCAUAUUCAUGUUCAGAAUGUGGGAAAUGUUUUGCAGUUAAAUCAUAUCUUGUUACACAUGAGAGAAUUCACACAGGACAGAAGCCGUAUUCAUGUUCAGAAUGUGGAAAAUGUUUCACACGAAAAUCACGUCUUGUUUUACACAAGAGAAAUCACACCGGAGACAAGCCAUAUUCUUGUUCAGAAUGCGGGAAAUGUUUUACAACAAAAUCAUAUCUUGCUACACAUGAGAAAAGUCACACAGGGGAGAAACUAUUUUCAUGUCCAGAAUGUGGGAAAUGUUUUACAGAUAAAUCAAGUCUUGUUAGACAUGAGAAAAUUCACAAAGGAGAGAAGCCGUAUUCAUGUUCAGUAUGUGGCAAAUGUUUUACACAGAAAUCAUAUCUUGUUACACAUCAGAGAUUUCACACAGGAGUGAAACCGUAUUCAUGUUCAGAAUGUAGGAAAUGUUUUACCCAGAAAUCAACUUUAGUUAUACAUGAGAGAAGUCACACAGGGGAGAAACCAUAUUCAUGUUCAGAAUGUGGGAAAUGUUUUGCAGUUAAAUCACAUCUUGUUACACAUGAGAGAACUCACACAGGACAGAAGCCGUAUUCAUGUUCAGAAUGUGGAAAAUGUUUCACACGAAAAUCACAUCUUGUUAGACAUGAGAAAAGUCACAAAGGAGAGAAGCCAUAUUCAUGUUUAGAAUGCGGGAAAUGUUUUACAACAAAAUCAUAUCUUGUUACACACGAGAGAAGUCACAAAGGAGAGAAGCCAUAUUCAUGUUCAGAAUGUGGAAAAGGUUUUACAUAUAAAUCAUAUCUUGUUAAACAUGAGAGACAUCAUACAGGAGAGAAACCAUAUCCGUGUUCAGAAUGUGGGAAAUGCUUUACAGACGAAUCAGGUCUUGUUAGACAUAAGAAAAUUCACACAGGAGAUAAACCGUAUUCGUGUUCAGAAUGUGGGAAAUGUUUUGCACAGAAAUCAAAUGUUGUUACACAUGAGCGAAUUCACACAAGAGAGAGAACCUGUAAUGCUGAAUUGCUAUCCGACAGCACACGUGUGCAAGCAUUAGUACGGAUCCGGCAGGCUGUUCUCCUGCCAGAACAGACUGUCGGACAAAUCUAACACUAAUGUUAAAGUAGCCUUACAAAGUUGGGGCUAUAUGGCAACAUGAGUCGCUCCAUAGGAAGUCUCAGAAUAGUCAAUUAUCCUUGCUCUAUCAAACAAUGUAAUGCGCAGAAGAAAAGAGCCUUGUUUACCUCCAGAGCAGUGAAGAUGAACUGUCUCCAUGAACCUUGCUUCUUAUCACAGUAUUCACACCUCCACCCACACUGCGGGAGAAUCCAGAGUAACAUUGGGAGAAGUAAUGACGUUCCAUAUAAUUGUUUUAUAACGUAUGUGGACAUAUUAAUAUUUCAUCUUCAUACAGUAUUUAAAGGUGUUUUCCAGCUUUUGGUUCAAUUAGUGAACAGUGCUAAUCUGUGAGGGGCAGCUCUUUUACAUAGGACCUACCAUCCCUUGAAUCCCCGAUGCUGCAGCAACAGUGCAGUGCAGAUUGGCAGCAUUGGGUAAGGGAGGGUAAGUCCUACGUAAAAGAGCUUCCCUCCACAGGUUAGCACCAUUCACUACUUAGACCAAAUGCCCAAAGGUAAAAUAAAC